AUGUCAGACAACGAUGCCGUCAACCCACCAGCCCCAUUCUACCUUGGCGAAAAUUCUAAACGCACAAAGGGCAAGCAUAACCAAUCCACUCCUUCCGUUUCCAACAACUCUCGUCCAUCCACUGCAGGAACUGCUGCAAGUUCCAUCGUAAACCCUAUCGUCAGCUUUAGCGUAGAUCCCGUAAUCCCCAUUGUCCCAACAGGUCAACAAGACAGUCUAGAACCUAUACCUCGUCUCGGCCUCACUGCACUUCCUCGCAACACAUCAUACUAUGGCGGUCGCCCCAACACUGGUGAUAGCCCCAGUCGCGUGGCCUCCGGUAUUCGUCUUCGUGAAACAUUCGCAGCACCCCCAGCUCGUCCAUUGACAGCAGUCUCCACCGCUGUCAGCCUCGCUCCAAGCAAGACAACCCGCAUGCGUUCUACCAUGCUUGAUGAUCCAAGCACCUUGGACAAACCUUGGGUCACCACCAAGGACCCAUAUGCAAGGAUUGCCUAUAUUUUGACUUACUCCGUGGCUUUCCUCGGCGUAGCAGCCUCUGCUUUGCGCAUUUACUUUGGUUACAAGAGCGUACCCUUGAUCACUGGUAACUUGUGCAUGGUCUUGGAUGAAGAUUUUAAUUCCGACACCGAUACUACUUUCGGACCUAACGGAAAUUGGGUCCGUGAAGUCCAAUUAGGCGGAUUCGGAUGGCAACCGUCGUCAUCAAACAAUUCAUACACCUCCAACGGAUACCUUUACAUAACCCCUACCCUGACAUCAAACGUCAUCGGCUCGGAUGCUAUAUUCAACGGUUAUACAUACAACCUUACCGAUUGCACGUACAACUCGACCACCCCGGGUGCAAAUCCGGGCUCAUCAAACACCACCGGCUUUAAUGCCGCCGCCUACUACCAAGCUUGUGGUGCAGUAAGCAACAGUACCACCGGCACCAUAAUUAACCCUGUACAAAGUGCGAGGAUCACCACACUCAACAAAGCUAGCAUCCGAUAUGGCCGCGUUGAGCUCUGGCCCGCAAUUUGGAUGCUUCCUGUGAAUGACACCUACGGACCAUGGCCAUUGAGCGGUGAAAUCGACAUCAUGGAAUCACGCGGAAAUGCUCGCAGCUACCCAGAUCAGGGUAUCGACUAUGUCCGCGGAUCACUCAACUGGGGACCCCUGUCGUUCUUGAACGCCGUGUACAAGACUUUCGGCUGGUGGACACAGAGACGCACCGACUAUGGGGAGGGGUUCCACACCUAUACACUGGAGUGGACAGAUAGUUUCCUUCGCAUGUACGUUGACACUCGUUUACACUAUAUGCUUGAGCUUUCCUUCGACGAGCCCUUCUUUACACGUGGAGACUUUCCCUCUGUGGUCCAAAAUGGGACACAGCCCAUUGUCCUGCAGAAUCCUUGGGUCAACGGCACCAAUGCGACACCUUUCGACCAACCAUUCUAUCUCAUUCUUGACCUCGCCGUUGGUGGAACUAACGGAUGGUUCCCCGAUAAUGCAGGCAACAAGCCAUGGCUGGAUAACUCGAAAACAGCCAUGCUGGAAUUUGCGCAAGCACAGGACACAUGGUACCCCACCUGGGGCUCAGAUGGAGAGAGUAGUUCAUUGAUUGUGGAUUCCGUGAAAAUGUGGGAGUUGUGUUAGUCGAGCCAUUGAGGAUUUGAGAUCUGUACCCACCCCUUCAUAUUAUUUACAUGUAGACUUUAUACCUGUGGACAUCGACAUGUACCUUGCAUAUUACUGCACUUUGUUCUUCUUGUCUAAAUACCCAUCAAUUAUACGUUAUCAUUUAUCUCCCUCAGUCAAAAGUCGAAAGACAACUGUUCCAAGAGUUAGCGUCUGGAUAACAGAAGAAACGGCAACUCGCUUCACAACUCGUUCAAGUUAAGGGUUUGGGACGAGUGAUAUUUCAGCAAAGAAUUGCGAACCACUUGCAUCACAGGUCGAGAACAAGAAGCCGAC